GACUGCAAAAUAAUGCAUGGGUGACUUUCGUUUUCAUUUUAUCUGCGUCAUUUACCAAAGACAGAUAUUUGUAGCUCGAAAACAAAAAUAGGAUUUAUACAAAUUUAAAAUGUUUGCAACAUUUUUCACGUGUGUGGUAUCCGCCCUGUUAAUUUAUUAUUUGUUAACCAAGCGGAGAAAUAGAAAGUUACCGCCUGGCCCUGCAAGGUACCCAAUACUUGGAAACUUACCUCAAAUGGCCAAAGCCCACCCAUUCGGGUAUCGAGCAUUUCAUAAACUUUCUGAGCAAUAUGGGGAAAUUAUGAGUGUGAAAGUUGGGCUGCAAGAAAUGGUUGUACUUUCAUCCCAUAAAGUCAUGAAAGCUAUUUUGGAUAAAGACGAGGUUAGCGGUCGUCUAUGGACAGGGAUUUUGGAAGAUCGAUCCUUUGGAAAAGAGCUAGGGAUUGCAUUUUCCAGCGGAGAUUUGCAGAAACAGCUCAAGACAUUCGUCAUAAAGGCACUGAGAGAAUUUGGGUUUGGUAAAAGCGCUUCGAUGGAAAGUAUUGUCGAACUCGAGCUAGAAUGUAUGGACAAGCGACUUCGGUCCGCCUCAAAAGUGAAUGGUGGAAAGGUGCUGAUGGAACGAUUUUUCCAGCCCAGUUUGAUGAACGUUUUAUGGACAAUGAUGGCAGCGAAGCGAUAUGAUCACGAUGACCCCAAGCUCACUAAGCUUUUAGAAAUUAACUCUGGAUGGUUUCAAACUGGAAGUUUUGGGUCUGGAAUAAUAACAGCUUUUCCUUUCAUAAGGUUUUUGUUUCCUGAGUGGACUGGUUAUUCCUCUUUGAUGCAUGGAAAUCGAAAAAUUCAUCAAUUUGCCAGGGAUAUUAUGCAAGAACAUCGAAGUCGAGGAACGUAUAAAACAGAUCCGCAAAGUUUCGUAGAUGUGUUUUUGAGAGAAAUCGACAACCAGGAUGGAGAUUUGACGACAGCAUUCACAGAUGAGCAGUUUAUGAUCAUUUGCUACGACAUGUUUCAAGGUGGAUUUGAGACCUCUAGCAACACUCUGGCCUUUGCAAUUUUGUACAUGAUACUGAAUCCUGAAGUCCAAACGAAAGUUCAAGAGGAACUCGACUCUGUCUGCCCUUCAAAGAAAACACCUAUCCUUCUCUCACAAAGAACAAAAUUGACGUACACAUAUGCCACACUGAUGGAAGCCUUUCGAAUGAGUAAUAUAUUACCAAUUUCUGGCCCAAGAAAAGCAAUGACAGAUUAUACAUACGAUGGUUACGUUAUUCCGAAAGGAACGGCAAUAACUUUCAACACGUACAGUGUAAUGCGAAGCAAAGAAACUUGGGGAGACCCAGACAAAUUUCGACCAGAGAGGUUUUUGAACCCUGAUGGAGGACUUAAUUCGCUUGUGGACUUGAUUGGAAUUUCUUGGGGGCAUGGUCGACGGUCGUGUAUAGGUGAGAUCUUGGCAAGGACCACUGUUUUCAUGUAUUUCACAUACCUGCUGCAUAAUUUCUCCUUCCGGCGUGUCCAUGAUACGAAACUGCCAACAACGGAACCAAUUUAUGGCAUAAUCUUGUCUCCACAACCGUAUGAGUUAAUCGUUGAACAAAGAAGUUGAGAGCUGAAACAAUGUAUCAUUUUAUUGCCAAUUCCCGUGGAUCAGAAGUAACACAUGAUAUGGAUUUAAAAUAAACAUUUAGUUGUAUUUCUAAAAUA